AUGCCGCCCAAAGAAACACCCCCCACAAUCGGGACCCCUGUUCCCACCGAUUUGACCAUUUCUGCGCAACUGGCAAAAAUCGGCGAAGGGGCGCCAGCCACCCAAUUGAUAAGGGUCCUCUUACAGCAAAUCGCCGCCGACGUCAGCACUUUUGUCCGAGAUGUCCAUUCGUCUAGUCAAGUUUACCUACGUGCCCGCGUUGUCUACGAUUACAUCCAAGGUCUUAUCAAAAAAGUUGAUUCCUCUGCGGACAUCGAAUGGGACGCCUUCGACAUAUACACCGCUGCCAUCCCUAUACUGGAAAGAAUUUUAUUCGACUUCUAUUCUCAACACCAGAAAGCAAGUCGCGACCACUUACCCCCUACUUCGGGUGUCGAGACUGCUUUCAUCUUUAUCGAAGCAUGGGAUUACGAUAGGAAGAUGCUCGAGAAAGCAUUUAAUGACCUCGCCAACGAUCACUUCCUGCAAAUGUCCGCAGAAGUGAAGACUCAUCUUGAAGCUAGCCGUGUUGUACCCCGUAAUACAGAUGAUAUCAACGCACUUCGAGCAUUGAACAUAUUUUUCCAAAACAACGCUAAAGUUCUUCAAGAACGCGACAUCGUACAGGAGCGUGGCGGUCGACUUUUGCAAGAAACCCGCAAAGUGAUCACCCAGAUCAUUUUGAAAGUGUCUAAAAGUCCUCCUGCACCGGAAACCAGUAGGAUAUCUAUUAUGACUUUGAUGAUUGCCUACAUUCCAUUUGCUUUACUUGUCGACGAUGCGGUCGAAGCGGAGUGGAAGGACUACCUUCGAAGUGCAGUCGUAUGGGAUGCCGUACAAAAAUUGUUGGUUAACGUUUCCAAACAUUUGGAUGGCAUCCCUCAGGCGCCAACUUUGAACGAUUUGGAGAAAGAAUGGGAAACUUUCAAAGAUAUCCUCUUGAGGCUAUCCACUACUGCUAUCGACACCAAGGUUGAAAUCUUAGAUCUCCUGAGACUUGCCGCCAGGAUUCGCCGACCACUUCAUGGACGUUCUGUUGAGCUCAUUCGAAUGCUGUACUACCUCGAUGGAUACUCGCAGAAGGAUCAAAAGGCUGGUCGUCACCGCAGGAACUUCAAGCUGGUAUUGGGAGACACGAUCUCCUCUCUUGAGGCUGCCGAGAAGGCUGUUAGCGAUGUUAGACAGAUUGCUAUUGGUGAUGAUGUGUACAAGAACCAACAUCAAGAACUUCAAAACGUUUUGAAGAAGGUCGAAGAAACCUUUUCCACGUUUGGGAUUGCGGACCAAUGGUCGACAAAAGAAACUGCCUACAACAAUGCUGUUAAUGUCGACGAGUCUCAUCUCAACCUAUUGAAGAAGAGGAUCGCUGUGGUGUCAGCUUCUGCUUGA